AUGGCAGACGACUACAUCUACCCGACCCAUUUCAUGGACAAUAGCCGGGGCCUUAAAAAUCUCAUAAUGGCCUGGACCCUGCGUUUCAACGACGUCCUCGACGGCGACCAGCUUAGCGCUGCUCUGUGGCGCCUGUUCGAGAUUGGCGACUGGAGAAAGCUGGGUGGGAGGUUGCGAGUUGGAAAAGGGGGCAAGCUGGAGAUGCACGUACCCAGAACCUUUACAAAGGAGCGCCCGCCGGUGGCAUACACAAAGGAGACCUUUGACGUGGCCAUAGGUGAACACUCUCUUGCCAAGGACCUCCCGUCACCAACUGAGAAGCCAUCGCUGCAACGGCCUGCCUCGGCUUUCCGCUCCCUUUCAGUCCGACCCGAUGCACCAUCGACAAUCGGACAACUUGCCAGCCGGGAUGUCCCCCAGGUGUCUCUGCAUGUCGUGACGUUCACCGACGCGACCCUGGUCUCAAUUUCCUGGCCGCAUACUCUGAUGGACGGGAUGAGCCUUCAGGGACUUUUGAAGGCCUGGUCCUUGGUUCUUGCCGGCAAAGAGGACCAAGUUCCGGCUUUGCUUGGUGCCAAAGACGAUGUCCUUUAUGCCGCUGCUCAAGAUGCUGCGCCCGGCGAUGAAUGGCUGCUGAGACGGACAAUGCUCACCGGGUUCAAAUUCUUCCUUUUUGUUGUGCUGUUCUUGUGGGGUGUGCUUACGGAACGCACCAUAGAGUCCCGAACGAUUUGUUUGCCCAAGGCGGCCAUGGCCAAGCUUCGUCGGCAAGCACUGGAUGAAGCUGCGGUGUCGGGAUCAGGACAGGAGAAGGCUCCCUGGGUCAGUGAAGGCGAUGUCAUCAUGGCAUGGGCCGUCAGAAUGGUUGCCCUAGCCCAGCCAUCGCCACGACCCGUCAAUGCGCUGGGUGCCUUGGACCUGCGAUCGCGUAUUCCCGAGCUCGCAGAGUCGGACGGAGUGUACAUCCAAAACGUGGUGAUUGGGUCAAGUGUUCAGCUCUCGAAAGACGAUGCGCGACAACCUCUUGGGGUCAUUGCAUCGAGAUGCAGAGAGGCCCUAGUAACGCAAGCCACAGCACCACAACUUCGAACCUUUUUGUUUGCACUUUGCAAGAUACUGGAUGCUGGCGGGGACCCUACUCUUCUUCCCGGUGUAUGGAACGGAGAGCUGUUUACGAUUUCGAAUUGGACAAAGGCCGAUUUUGUGAAGCUGGUAGACUUUUCGCCGGCUGUGGUGACGACUGGGCAAGCCGAGGAGCAAAGAAUCAAUCCACCGGGUACCAUGAUUUACCACCAGUCCUUUGUAUUGGGACACGACGCGACCUUGCGAAAUGUCAUGGCGGUGUUGGGCAAGGAUCAUUCAGAGAACUAUUGGAUGAUGGGGUACUUUCCACCAAGGACGUGGGCUGUGAUUGAGAAGGAGAUGCAGAAAAUGGGCGAGACUUGA